AUGUCUGAUGCUACACAACCGGCGCCUGGUGUGGAUAAGGCAGGGGCUCUUGAGACCUCACGCUUGGCAUGGAAAAGUCCCACGCCCGAGCUUAUCUUAAGCAGUAAGUCUUGGCUUAACUCACGCCUAGCGUCACCAUAUCGGUGCCCGACGUCAUCCGAAAAGAGAACUUUGGAUGAGUUAUUAUGGGGAGCAGCAUGGCUAAGGAGGGCCACGCAGGAUGAUAAUUUCCUCAACUACAUUCAAGCCAAUGGCAAAACGCUUGGUGCUGAUGACAACAUCAAUGAGUUUGGUUGGGACAACAAGCAUGCUGGCCUUAACGUGCUUGUCUCCAAGGAAGUCAUAGAAGGAAACAUGUACUCUCUUGAGUCUUAUAAGUCCUCAGCAGAGAGCUUCCUUUGCACACUCAUACCUGAAUCACCAACCUCACACAUACAGUACACCCCUGGUGGACUUGUAUACAGACCCGGAGGUAGCAACUUGCAACAUGCAACUUCAAUCGCAUUCCUUGAAUUAGUGUAUGCCAAUUACCUGACACACACUUCACAAGCCAUCAAUUGUGGCAAUGUCUAUGUCAGUGCACAAACACUUCGCCAACAUGCUAAGAGGCAAGUUGAUUACAUUUUGGGUGAUAACCCAAUGGGAUUAUCCUACAUGGUUGGCUAUAGCAACUACUAUCCUCAACGUAUUCAUCACCGUGGCUCUUCUUUACCCUCCAUCAAGGAUCACCCUCAAUUCAUUGCGUGCAAAGAAGGUUCAAUUUACUACAACUCAACCAACCCAAAUCCUAAUGUACUUGUGGGUGCCAUUGUUGGAGGGCCUGAUGAAAAUGAUGAUUAUGAGGAUGAUCGAAUUGAUUUUAGGAAAUCCGAGCCAACCACAUACAUUAACGCACCAUUUGUUGGGGUUCUAGCCUAUUUUGCUGCUAAUCCCAACGUUAGUUGAUGUAAUAAUUACCAUUGGAUAUAGGUUAAUUUUGUAAAUGUAAAGAUAUAUUUCCAAGAUGUUUCUCGUCUUGAGAAAAAUCAAGAGGGUAGAGGCUUUCUUGGGAUUAGGACCAUUAAUUAAUGAAUUUGAAUUCACAACAGCCGCUUGUGAUUUUUAAAUAGAAAGGAUGAAGGGAAGUUUUAAUUACCUGUUAGUGUUUUAUUUUUAAUGUUAGCCCCAAACAGAGUUCGAGAUUGUAGGAUUGUAAGGAUUUGUUAACAAUAUUAAAGUUAUUACUGAA